AUCCAUAUCUUAAAUUCGCAAACAUUUAUAAAUUGAAGUUAUGGCAGCUAAAUUCCUACUACUCUCUAUGCUCUUCCUGAAACUACUCAUAUUUUCAGAUGCGCAAUCGGUCGUAGGUGUUUGUAACGGGAUGGUCGGAGAUAAUUUACCUUCCAAACAAGCCGUGGUAGAUCUUUACAAAAAUAAAGGCAUAACCAAGAUGCGGAUCUAUGGUCCUGAUAACGAAACUCUUACCUAUCUCAAGGGCACCAAUAUUGAACUUAUUCUCGACGUUCCAAACAAUGAUCUUGAAUCCGUAGCCGCUGGUGGAGCAAAAGAUUGGGUUAAAAACAACAUUUUAAGUUACCCUGGAGUCAACUUUCGAUAUAUCUCUGUUGGAAACGAAGUCGAUCCCAAUAAAGACGAAACAAAAGGUUUUGUUACUUAUGUACUUCCAGCAAUGAAUAAUGUUCAACAAGCCCUUAGAGAUGAGGGCCGUACAGAAAUUAAGGUCUCAACCGCAACCUACACAGGUCUUUUAAAAGACGCACAUCCGCCUAGUAAUUGUACAUUCCGUGAUGAACAAUUUAUCGGGCCCAUUAUUACCUUUUUAGCCGAAAACAACUCGCCAAUGCUUGCUAAUAUCUAUCCUUACUUUGCUUAUAAAGACAACCCUAGGGAUAUAAAACUCUCAUUUGCACUUUUUACCCAAGGGGUAGAAGGUCAAGAUUACUCUAACCUUUUCGAUGCAAUGUAUGAUGCUCAUUAUGCGGCUCAAGCACGUCUUGGUGGAACUAAUGUGCCUAUUGUUGUGUCCGAAAGUGGAUGGCCGUCCGACCAAGGCUUUGGAGCAACGGUUGAAAAUGCAGGAACUUACUAUAGAAAUUUGAUUGCACAUGUCAAGAGUGCAAAAGGGACACCUUUAAGGCCAGGAAUAUCUAUAGAGACAUAUUUGUUUGCGAUGUUUGAUGAAAAUCAAAAACCGAACGAUCCGUCAGAACAAUAUUUUGGGGUCUUUACUCACGAUCAAAUGCCCAAGUAUCACCUAAGUUUUUGAGUGAAAAACCAUAAGGUUUUUUGUGAUCGAUAUAUCUAUUGAUAAAUAAUAAUGGAAUAAAGUUGUUGUUUUUAUAA